GCGGGGCGGGGGGCCGGGGCCGCCCUCCGCAGGAGCGGGCGCGGCUGUUGGGCAGAAGGGGCCCCGCGCCCCUUGUUCUCCUGGGGGUGGGUGACUCUUGACGGAGAGCAGGGCUGGGAGAGACUGUCGUGCUGCCCGGGGUCCCCGCGGGCCUGUCCCGAGCAGCGUCCGGCAGCCCUGCGCUCUGCGUGAGCUCUCCCCUCGCCUGAGAGAGUAGAGAGGUUCGCUGUGGGAGGUUCUCUCUAGGCGCGAAAAGUGAAAUGGUGAUAUUUGGCUUCUGGUCCGGGAGGGCGGCAGAGCAGCGGCCCCCGGCACCCGCGGAGCCCCUCGGGACUGCUCCCGGUGACACAAACACAGCUGUCUGUGCACACAGACACAGCUUGGUGUAUUUUUAAAAAACUCGUGUAAGAAAUUCGUAGAGACUGUGUACUGAAGCAUGUUUUUACCACGAUCUGUUAAAGUCAAGAGGACUGCUGAUGAGGACAAAAAUUGUACAGCUAAGAAAAGUAAACUGUCUCCUGGAGGAUCUUUGCUAGAGCAGACCACAGAGUUCCAGGACUGUAAAUCAUCUGGAACAGAAACUUCUGCUUCAACAGCCAAUUCAUGUGAAAUUGUACAAGAGCACACAGAGCCUGCAGCUGCAGACCUUGGUGUUGCUAAUGCACCAUUGGCAAAGGACAGCCAAAAUACUGAGGAUGAUGGCUCUUUGGAAGAACCCAUAAAAUCCUUCAGCAAGUCCCAGCGCUGGGCAGAGCCUGGAGAACCUGUGUGUGUUGUGUGUGGCCGCUACGGGGAGUACAUCUGCGAUAAAACAGAUGAAGAUGUUUGUAGUUUGGAAUGUAAAGCCAAGCACCUUCUACAAAUUCAAGCAAAUGAAAAGCAGCUAACAUCUGAUCAACCCACAGAUUCUCAAGCAGAAGCUCACCUGCUUAGUGCACCUUAUUUCUACAAAGAUCAUUCCUUUAUUUUAGGUUUGCAAGAUGAGCAGGUUGAGAACCUUAAACUUCAGCUGGGUAUUGCUGUCCAGGGCCGGCAAGUUCCAAGACCUAUUGUAGAGUUUGAACACUGUGGUUUUCCUGAAACUUUAAACAAUAAUUUAAAGAAUUCUGGCUAUGAAGUCCCAACUCCCAUCCAAAUGCAAAUGAUCCCUGUUGGACUAUUAGGGAGGGAUAUUCUGGCUAGUGCUGACACAGGCUCUGGAAAAACAGCAGCUUUCCUGCUUCCUGUUAUUAUGAAGGUUUUGAAAGAGACAGAAACUCCAUCUGCCCUUAUUUUGGCCCCAACGAGGGAGUUGGCAAUUCAGAUCGAGAGCCAGGCGAAGGAGCUGAUGGCCGGGUUACCCAAUAUGAGGACAGUUCUGCUGGUGGGAGGUUUGCCCCUGCCCCCGCAGCUGCACCGCCUCAGGCAGAGUGUGAAGGUGAUAAUAGCAACACCUGGAAGACUUCUUGAGAUUUUAAAGCAAAGUUCUGUCCAACUGCAUGGCAUAAAAAUCAUAGUGGUGGAUGAAGUGGAUACCAUGCUAAAAAUGGGUUUCCAGCAGCAAGUGUUGGAUAUUUUGGAAGACAUCUCUCAUGAUCAUCAAACCAUACUGGUGUCAGCCACGAUUCCAGUGGGCAUUGAGCACUUAGCAAAUCAGCUUCUGCACAAUUUUGUCAGAAUAACAAUUGGAGAGAAGAAUCUGCCGUGUUCCAAUGUUCGGCAAAUUAUCUUGUGGGUAGAAGAACCAUCUAAAAAGAAAAAACUGUUUGAAAUACUAAAUGAUAACAAGCUCUUCAAGCCUCCAGUCUUGGUGUUUGUGGACUGUAAACUAGGAGCAGAUCUGUUGAGUGAUGCUGUUCAUAAGAUUACAGGCUUGCAGUGCACAGCUAUGCAUUCUGAAAAGUCUCAGGUGGAAAGAACAGACAUAUUACAGGGAUUACUUCAAGAGAAGUAUGAAGUUAUAGUAAGUACUGGAGUCCUUGGACGAGGGCUUGACCUUGUCAAUGUCAAACUGGUGGUGAAUUUUGAUAUGCCUUCAAGUAUGGAUGAAUAUGUACACCAGGUUGGAAGAGCAGGGAGAUUGGGUCACAGUGGAACUGCAAUUACUUUUAUCAAUAACAACAGCAAGAAACUCUUUUGGGAUGUUGUGAAGAGAGUGAAACCCACAGGCACCAUUCUGCCCCCACAGCUGCUUAAUUCGCCAUAUCUGCAUGACCAGAAGAGAAGGGAACAGCAGAGACUUAAACAGCUACAUAAUACCGUUGUAACAGGAGAUAAUAUUAUGGACAUUAUUAAAAAACACAACAAAAAUAGUUCUCAGAGGUAAUAAAGGUAUAUUUAUAGUUAUGUAAGUACAAUAAAAUUAUGAUU